AGGGCAGCCGGGGCUGAGGGGCCCCUCCGGCAUCCCCGGCUUGCAGGGACCCGCAGGGCCCAUGGGGCCUCAGGGGCUGCCAGGGCUCAAAGGGGAGCCGGGGCUCCCCGGUGUUCCCGGUGAGGGGAAGAUGGGCGAGCCCGGCAUGGCCGGCCCCAUCGGCCCACCAGGAGUGCCAGGAACACCGGGGCUCAACGGGCCGCCCGGCCCCCCUGGGCCACCCGGGCCACCGGGAGCACCGGGGGUGUUUGACGAGACGGGCAUCGCAGGGCUGCAUCUGCCUGACGGCGGCGUGGAGGGGGCCGUGCUGGGCAACGGCAAGCCAGGCAAGCCGCAGUACGGCCGAGGAGAGCUCUCUGCCCGCAUCGCGCCCGCCUUCACCGCCAUCCUCACCUCCCCCUUCCCGGCGUCCGGCAUGCCCGUCAAGUUCGACCGGACUUUGUACAACGGGCACAACGGCUACAACCCGGUCACAGGGAUAUUCACCUGCCCCAUCUCCGGCAUCUACUACUUUGCCUACCACGUGCACGUCAAAGGGACCAACGUCUGGGUGGCUCUUUAUAAGAACAACGUGCCCGCCACCUACACCUACGAUGAGUACAAAAAAGGGUACCUGGACCAGGCGUCGGGCAGUGCCGUGCUUGAACUGAAGGAGAACGACCAGGUCUGGGUGCAGAUGCCCUCCGACCAGGCCAACGGGCUGUACUCCACGGAAUACAUCCACUCCUCCUUCUCUGGGUUCCUGCUUUGCCCCACAUACAUGCCGCCACUGCUGCCCAUGGACCUCAAAGGGGAGCCAGGACCACCAGGGAAGCCCGGCCCACGUGGCCCCCCCGGACCCCGCUACCCAGGAAAGCCGGGCACGGGGAAGCCAGGCAUGCACGGUCAGCCAGGGCCUGCGGGGCCCCCUGGCUUCUCUGGCAUUGGGAAACCUGGCAUCCCAGGACUGCCUGGCAAAGCGGGUAUGAAAGGGAUGCCCGGAGCCAAGGGUGAACCUGGCAUGCGGGGAGAGCAAGGGCCCAGAGGACUGCCCGGCCCACCAGGGCUGCCGGGGCCCGCUGGCAUCUCAGUCAAUGGGAAACCAGGACCCCAAGGCGGCCCAGGGCUGCCAGGGUUUCGGGGUGAGCCUGGCCCCAAAGGAGAGCCGGGACCCCGUGGGGAGAGAGGGAUGAAGGGUGAAAAUGGAGUGGGGAAACCAGGGCUGCCAGGGCCACGGGGCAAUGGUGGCCCUCCUGGCCCUGCAGGGCCGCCAGGACCUGUCGGCGUUGGCAAGCCUGGCCUCGAUGGGUUGCCUGGCGCACCGGGGGAGAAGGGUGACAUGGGCCCCCCUGGGGGGCCUGGUGUCAGCGGGGAACCUGGCCCUGCGGGGCCACGGGGGCCUCCUGGCAUCGAUGGGAUCGGUGUCCCCGGUGCUGCAGGGGUGCCAGGGAUACAGGGCCCCAUGGGGCCAAAGGGGGAACCGGGCAUCCGCGGCCCCCCCGGUUUGCCGGGCGCCACAGGCUACGGGAAGCCAGGCUUGCCCGGCCUCAAAGGAGACCGCGGGCAGCCUGGGGUGCCGGGAGCCAUUGGCGAUAAAGGGGAACCUGGAGUCGAUGGUGAGCCGGGCGAGCAGGGCCCCGCCGGUGUCAUCGGGCCACCGGGCCCACCGGGGUCCAUGGGCCUGCCGGGCAAGCACGGGCUGCCAGGCCCCAAGGGUGAUGUGGGGCCCAGUGGGCCACCGGGAAUGCCGGGAAUGCGAGGUGACCAGGGCCCAAAUGGCUUCGCAGGGAAACCAGGAGUGCCAGGAGAGAGGGGUCUGCCUGGCUCACAGGGCCCCCCCGGCCCAGCGGGCCCCAAAGGAGAGCCGGGGUUCAUCGGCCUCCCUGGGGUGCCAGGGAUGCUGCCGGACGCUGCGGUGCUGCUGCUGCUGCUGCUGCUGGUUGGCCUUCGUGCAGCGGCGGCGGGAGGAGCGGCCGGAUACGCGCAGGUCAAGUACAUGCAGCCCAUGGUGAAGGACCCCUGGGACCCCGGUUUCGGGAAGGCGAAAGGGCAGUACCGUCGGUAA